GACGCGAGGAAGAGCCGAUGGAAACGAAAAUAAUAAUAGCAGUUUAAGGAAAAGGAAUAAUCGGAAACUGCAGAGAAAAAGUCGAAAGAAAAUUGGUUGCGAAAUGGAAAAUUGCGGGAGAAGGAUAAGAAAACGAAAUCGGGCUCGAUGAAGGGAUUGAAUAACGAGUUGAUGACAGUUAUCUUUGUUUGGGGCAAGAAUAAAGUGAGUUAGAGGUAGAGGCGUGGAAGUUGAAGAAGAUGUCGAUACCGAAAGAGCCAGAGCAGGUGAUGAAGUGGAGAGGAGGAUCGGUGUUGGGGAAGAAAACUAUUCUUAAGAGCGACCAUUUCCCUGGUUGCCAGAACAAGCGCUUGCAUCCUCACAUCGAAGGAGCUCCCAAUUACCGUCAGGCCGAAUCGUUACACGUUCACGGUGUUGCCAUCCCAACCAACGAUGGAAUCCGUAAUGUUCUCAAGCACAUUGGUGCUCAAGCUCAAGGAAAGAGACCGCAAGUUCUUUGGAUUAACCUUCGCGAAGAACCGGUUGUGUACAUUAAUGGACGCCCCUUUGUUUUGCGUGACGUGGAGAGACCGUUUUCUAACCUCGAAUAUACGGGAAUUAAUAGGGAAAGAGUUGAACAAAUGGAAGCUCGUUUGAAAGAAGACAUUUUGAUGGAAGCUGCAAGAUAUGGAAAUAAAAUCCUUGUGACUGAUGAACUGCCAGAUGGUCAGAUGGUGGACCAAUGGGAAUCAGUGUCAUAUAAUUCUGUGAAGACACCACUAGAGGUGUACCAAGAAUUGCAAAUGGAGGGAUACCUUGUUGAUUAUGAGCGUGUUCCUAUAACUGAUGAAAAAUCCCCAAAGGAACUGGAUUUUGAUAUUUUGGUUGAUAAAAUUUCGCAAGCUGAUGUAAAUACAGAGAUAAUUUUUAAUUGUCAAAUGGGGCGUGGACGAACUACGACCGGAAUGGUCAUUGCAACUUUGGUUUACCUCAACCGAAUUGGAGCUUCUGGGAUUCCAAGAAACAAUUCAGUUGGUAGAGUUUCUCAAUGCUUGACUAAUGUUGCUGAUCAUAUGCCUAACUCAGAGGAGGCAAUUCGAAGGGGAGAAUAUACAGUCAUAAGAAGCUUGAUGCGGGUGUUAGAGGGUGGUGUUGAGGGGAAAAGACAAGUGGACAAAGUCAUUGACAAAUGUGCCUCAAUGCAGAACUUGCGUGAAGCAAUUGCCACCUAUCGUAAUAGCAUUCUGCGACAACCAGAUGAGAUGAAAAGGGAGGCUUCACUCUCUUUUUUUGUGGAGUAUUUAGAGAGAUACUACUUUUUAAUAUGUUUUGCUGUAUACAUACAUUCAGAAAUGGCUGCACUCCGUUCUAGUUCUUCUGGUCAUAGUAGUUUUGCUGACUGGAUGAGAGCUAGGCCAGAGCUCUACAGCAUUAUUCGCAGGUUGCUGAGGAGAGAUCCAAUGGGUGCACUUGGAUAUUCCACUUUGAAACCAUCUCUAAAGAAAAUAGCUGAAUCUACUGAUGGCCGUCCUUCUGAGAUGGGUGUUGUUGCUGCCUUAAGAAAUGGCGAGGUUCUUGGCAGUCAAACUGUUCUGAAAAGUGAUCAUUGUCCUGGAUGUCAACUUCCAGAAUUACCUGAGAGAGUGGAGGGGGCACCUAAUUUCAGAGAAGUUCCUGGCUUUCCAGUUUAUGGGGUGGCAAAUCCAACUAUUGAUGGUAUUCGAUCUGUCAUUCAUAGGAUUGGAAGCUCCAAGGGUGGACGCCUGGUACUUUGGCAUAAUAUGAGAGAAGAGCCUGUUAUUUAUAUCAAUGGCAAACCCUUUGUUCUUCGUGAAGUUGAAAGACCAUACAAAAACAUGCUGGAAUACACGGGAAUUGGCCGGGAAAGGGUGGAGAAAAUGGAAGGAAGAUUAAAAGAAGAUAUCCUACGGGAAGCUGAACAAUAUGGCAGUGCAAUAAUGGUUAUUCAUGAAACAGAUGAUGGGCAUAUAUAUGAUGCUUGGGAGCAUGUCACCUCUGACAUGAUUCAAACCCCACUUGAAGUUUUUAAAAGCUUGGAAGCUGAAGGAUUUCCCAUUAAGUAUGCACGUGUUCCCAUCACAGAUGGAAAAGCUCCUAAAAGUUCUGACUUUGACAUAAUGGCUUUUAAUAUUGCUUCUGCUUCUAAGGACACUGCUUUUGUUUUCAAUUGUCAGAUGGGUAGGGGCAGGACAACCACUGGUACUGUCAUAGCUUGCCUUGUGAAACUUCGAAUUGAUUAUGGGAGGCCUAUUAAAAUACUGAGAGAUUAUGUGACCCGUGCAGAAGUGGAUGGUGGUUCCUCAAGUGGAGAUGAAGUUGGGGAUUAUGUUGCUGCAUUAACGCACAGUACUUUGCAAGUAAAGACAGAUGAGAAACAAAAUCAUGUUUUUGGUAUAAAUGACAUCCUGUUGUUAUGGAAGAUAACAGCAUUCUUUGACAAUGGGGUGGAGUGCCGGGAGGCCUUAGAUGCUAUUAUUGAUAGAUGUUCUGCACUUCAAAACAUUCGCCAAGCUGUUUUGGAGUAUAGAAAAGUAUUCAAUCAACAGCAUAUUGAGCCUAGGGUAAGGAGGGUGGCAUUAAAUCGUGGUGCUGAGUACUUAGAACGGUACUUCCGUCUUAUUGCUUUUGCAGCAUAUCUUGGAAGUGAAGCGUUUGAUGGGUUUUGUGCACAAGGAGAAUCAAAAAUGACAUUUAAGAAUUGGAUGCAUGAGAAGCCUGAGGUGCAAGCUAUGAAAUGGAGCAUCAGACUGAGACCAGGGCGAUUUUUCACUGUCCCUGAAGAGUUGAGAGCACCCGAAGAGUCUCAGCAUGGAGAUGCAGUAAUGGAGGCUUUCGUCAAGGCCCGGAGUGGUUCUGUUCUGGGAAAAGGCUCCAUACUGAAAAUGUAUUUCUUUCCUGGUCAGAGAACUUCCAGCCACAUAGAAAUACAUGGUGCACCCCAUGUUUACAAGGUUGAUGAAUACCCUGUGUAUAGCAUGGCUACUCCAACCAUCUCUGGUGCGAAGGAGAUGCUAGCAUACUUGGGCGCUAUGCCUAAACCAAAAGCCUCAGCUGCUCGAAAAGUGAUACUGACUGAUCUGAGAGAGGAAGCAGUUGUUUAUGUAAAAGGCACACCUUUUGUCCUGAGGGAGUUGAACAAACCUGUUGAUACACUCAAGCAUGUGGGAAUCACUGGUCCUGUGGUGGAACACAUGGAAGCGCGAUUGAAAGAAGAUAUAAUCGCUGAGAUUAGACAGUCUGGUGGACUGAUGCUGUUUCACCGUGAAGAAUAUAACCCUUCAACAAAUCAGUCUGGUGUGAUUGGAUACUGGGAAAACAUUUUGGCAGAUGAUGUGAAAACACCUGCAGAAGUUUAUUCUGCCCUAAAAGAUGAGGGAUACGAUGUUGUCUAUCGCAGGAUACCAUUAACAAAGGAGAGAGAUGCUUUGGCCUCUGACAUUGAUGCAAUACAGUAUUGUAAUGAUGACUCUGCAGAGAGUUACCUUUUUGUAUCACACACAGGUUUUGGUGGAGUUGCAUAUGCAAUGGCCAUUAUCUGUAUUAGACUAGGCGCAGAGGAAAACUUUGUAUCCAAAGUACCACAGCCAUUGUUUGGCCCUCACCAGUAUGCAGCAACUGAAGAGAACCUGCCAUCUCGAGCUUCUAAUGAAGCUGCACUCAAGAUGGGUGACUAUCGUGACAUUUUGAGCCUUACAAGAGUCCUCAUAUAUGGUCCCCAAAGCAAAGCAGAUGUUGACAUUGUUAUUGAAAGAUGUGCAGGUGCAGGGCAUCUACGAGAUGAUAUUCUUUAUUAUUAUAAAAAAUUUGAAAAGUUCACGGACGGUGAUGACGAGGAACGUGCAUAUCUUAUGGAUAUGGGUAUCAAGGCUUUGAGGCGAUACUUUUUCCUUAUCACGUUCAGAUCUUAUCUUUACUCCACCUCUCCAGCCAAUAUGAAAUUUGCUGCAUGGAUGGGUGCAAGACCGGAGCUUGGUCAUCUAUGUAACAAUCUUAGAAUUGAUAAAUAAUAUAACAAUGCUUAUAAUUAUAUGUCGAUGUACAGUUAGCGGUUCCUGUUACAGGUUGUUCAGCAAUACCCUCUCCGCCCGCUACCCCUUGUCCCUUGCCCGCCCAAUGCCCUAAAAUGUCGCCGUCAUAUGCUACUUUGCAAACUUCUGGCUCAUGUGCAAACGACGCAUCCUUUAGUCAUUGUCUUUCUAUCCUGUUCGUAUGUUACGAGAGGCUGGCUCUGACAUGGGACACAAAUAUGGUACAUAUCUGCCGAAGGAGCAAUAUCUGAUUGCUAAAUCAAGAAGUCCAGAGGACAAUAAUUUAGUGUUCGCUGGAGUCAUCAGGCAUUAGUUAUACAUUAUGUAUUGUAUUGUACUCCUAUUUUAGUGAGAUUUGAUUAUAGGAUUUAUAGGUUUAGUUCAUUAGAUUAAUUACGAGGUCCUCCUUGUCUUUGAUUUCUAGUUUCAGAUCCAUCACACUGUAGAAACAUUGAAACUAAUUUAGGUUGUAGUUCUGCCCAUGAACUUAGAUAUCGUAUGAGAAGAAAUGAUUGUUGGAACGCUUCUUCCAAUUCAAAUUCCCUAGUUAAAAUGAAAUGAAAUGAGGAUUCUAGAUUAUUC